AAUAUAAGUAAGUCCCGAAGGCAUGUUGUCCUAAAGUUUUCUCAUUAGAAGCUGAUAAAACCUUUGCUAUGUAGCCUCGACUUAAGUUAACGCUCGUUAUAUUAAGCUAACAAUACUUGAGUUGUUUGCUAUCAUUAGCUUCUUUGCUAAAGGUGCGGUUAGGUACUUAAAAGAUUAUUUUAUGGAUAGUAUUGAGGCAGCACACAUAUUGCAGAGGAAGAGCUUUUUGUCAUUCUCAUGAAGAGUCAGAACUGACCUUUUGCCAGGAUGGAGGUGGCCCUGUCUGCCCCGCAGUUACUCCCAGAGCCCCAGAGGAGGGGGACACCUUUGCCUCUGAGCCAGCUGGUGGAGGAGAGCAGGAGCAAUGCCAGCAUCCCCAAUCAUUUACUGGAAUCAAAAAUUUAUGCCAAACUGAAAAGCAACAGCUUGAUCCAAGCAGAGCCGUCAGAGCUUCAUUUCAGUGGGUUUGAGCUGGGGAAGGAUUACAUAAAGAUCCUGAAACUAAUCAACAUCUCAUCUGAAGUUAUGAAUAUUCAUAUCAUUCCCACCCAAACUAAGCACUUCCAAACAACUUAUACCAAAAAGUAUCGACUCAUCCCAGGCCUCGCCUACACACUGAAGGUCAGAUUUUGGCCUGAUGAAUGGCGUUACUUCUAUGACUGCGUUCGGGUUCACUGCAAGGGGGAAGAGAACUUGUUAAUCCCAGUUCAUGCUUACCCUGUCAUCGAUGACCUGCACAUCCCUCCUCAUAUCGACCUAUCAGCUGUCCCACUUGGACAAAGUGUAAGCCAUGCUAUUCCGCUGAGAUGCAGCAGUCCUCUUGACUUUGAGUUCCAAGUGUAUGUUAUUCAGCCUCACGAGGCCUUCUCUGUCCAUCCCCUCACAGGUGUGAUACCCGCCAAUGGUGAGGUGAAGAUCAUGGUGACCUUCAGUCCUUUGCAGUACGAGACGUCUCAGGUCACCAUCCAGCUGGUCAUCGCACAGUUCAACACCAAACCCUACCUGUGUACUAUCACUGGGAGCUCCGCCCCUCACCUGGCUCUCAGGUAAUUAAAAAAAUGGAUUGUUUU